GGGUUGGUGUAGUUGUCAACACAGGAAGCGGGUCAUAAUGGGUCAGAGCCAGAGUAGUGGUUCUGGGGGAGGGGGACAAGGGGGAGAUGACAAGAAAGAUAAGAAGAAGAAAUACGAGCCUCCGGUGCCCACCCGAGUAGGCAAGAAGAAGAGAAAGAUGAAGGGGCCUGACGCUGCAAAUAAAUUACCUCUUGUAACACCACAUACACGUUGCCGCCUUAAGAUGUUGAAGUUAGAGCGCAUUAAGGACUACCUGCUGAUGGAAGAAGAAUUCAUUCGUAACCAGGAGACUCUGAGGCCUCAAGAGGAGAAGCAGGAGGAGGAGAGAAGCAAGGUGGAUGACCUGCGAGGGACACCCAUGAGUGUAGGAACUCUUGAGGAGAUCAUCGAUGAUAACCAUGCCAUCGUCUCCACAAGUGUGGGGUCGGAACACUAUGUCUCUAUCCUAUCCUUUGUAGAUAAAGAUCAGCUUGAACCUGGAUGUUCAGUGCUGCUCAAUCACAAGGUGCAUGCUGUUGUCGGAGUUUUGAGUGAUGACACAGAUCCUAUGGUAACUGUGAUGAAGUUAGAGAAGGCACCACAGGAAACAUACGCAGAUAUAGGAGGUUUGGAUACACAGAUUCAGGAGAUAAAAGAGUCUGUAGAGCUGCCUCUCACUCACCCGGAGUACUACGAAGAAAUGGGUAUCAAGCCACCCAAGGGUGUGAUUCUCUAUGGCCAGCCAGGUACUGGCAAAACACUCCUGGCUAAGGCUGUUGCCAAUCAAACCAGCGCCACCUUCCUUAGGGUUGUAGGCUCAGAACUUAUUCAGAAAUAUUUGGGUGAUGGUCCCAAAUUAGUUCGCGAAUUGUUUAGAGUUGCAGAAGAACACGCUCCCAGUAUUGUAUUUAUUGAUGAGAUUGAUGCAAUAGGAACAAAGCGAUACGAUUCAAAUUCUGGUGGUGAAAGAGAAAUUCAACGAACCAUGUUGGAGCUUCUCAACCAGCUCGAUGGUUUUGAUUCCAGGGGUGAUGUGAAGGUAAUCAUGGCAACAAAUCGAAUUGAAACCUUAGAUCCGGCUUUGAUCCGUCCUGGCAGAAUCGAUCGUAAGAUAGAGUUCCCUCUACCCGAUGAAAAGACAAAGCGACGCAUCUUCCAGAUCCACACAUCACGAAUGACUUUAUCCGAUGAUGUGAACUUAGAUGAACUUAUAAUGGCCAAGGAUGACUUAUCAGGAGCUGAUAUAAAGGCAAUCUGUACAGAGGCUGGGUUAAUGGCAUUGAGAGAAAGGCGAAUGAAAGUCACCAGUGAAGAUUUCAAGAAGUCUAAGGAGAAUGUUUUAUAUAGAAAGAAGGAAGGAACACCAGAGGGUCUGUACCUUUAAGGUUUAGGAAGUGUGGCCAUAUGUCGUCUUUAUCAGCCCCCUAACCUUGACGUGCAUGUCAUGUAUCACGUUAUUUCUAAAUAAGUAAUUUAGGAAUCUACUUAUUUUUUAAUAUUUUUUGUAUGUAUAUUUUAGUUCAGUUUGUAUGUAAUUUUUAGUUCAGUAUUGUUUUACUAACUUUACUGAGCUAAUAUAAGCUACAAAGUGUUUUGAGGUAUUACAUCUUAAGAAAUGACUAACUGAUGAUAUUUGUUAGAAAUAAAAUGGUGUUACAAA